UCUUCCUGCUGCCCCUCCUCAUUCGCCAGCAUGACGCUCAGUCGGCGCUCGCACAUACCUCCCUCCGCUCUCUAACUGUGUUUCCCCCUGAACAAAAGCUCAUACAAACCUGCCUUUCAACCAUCUUAAUAAUCUUUUUGAAAGCUGCCGCUGUGAGAUGACAGCUGGAACAACGGGGAUACGGACCGUGAGCGCCGCUUCUGACAGCUGAGCUCCUGCCACAGCCCAAUCUCUGAUGAGAGGAUGAGAACCCACACCCGCGGGGCCCCCACUGUCUUCUUCAUAAGCCUUCUCUGGCCCCUGCUCUCUCUGGUAGCCACAGCUGAGGUUGACCCUAGCGGAGGAAUCCCCUUCAUGGGGGGCAACUACAAUGGUCAUCCCAUGCUGUACUUCAGCCGUGGGGAUGUGGAGCAGUUGCAGUAUGCAGCUGCAGGGACUCACCGUGAAAUGGCAAGGCGGAUCCGUGAGGCCGGGGAGACCAUGCUAGAGCACCCGGAGGUGUACCUGCCCCCCUGGAGCCCAGCCGACUUCAGCGCCCGCUGGAAUGAGGUUUAUGGAAACAACCUGGGUGUCCUGUCCAUGUUCUGCCUGCUGUACCCUCACCGGGCCGGGGCCCUCGACCUGGUCAAGGACUACAUGGAGAGGAUGGCAGCCCAGCCUAGUUGGCUGGUUAAAGACGCCCCCUGGGAUGAAGUUCCUCUUGCACACUCUUUAGUUGGAUUCGCCACUGCUUAUGACUUCCUGUAUGAGUACUUGAACAAGGACCAGCAGGAACGUUUCCUGCAGGUGAUCGGCAACGUGUCACGCCUCAUGUAUGAGAAGUCCUAUGUCCGAGGCUGGGGGUUCCAGUACCUACACAACCAUCAGCCCACUAACUGUGUGGCUCUGCUCACAGGAAGUCUGGUUUACAUGAUGCAGGGUUACCUUCAGGAGGCCUAUCUGUGGACCAAGCAGGUCCUGUCCAUCAUGGAGAAGUCCAUGAUUCUCCUGCACGAUGUGACUGAUGGCUCCCUGUAUGAAGGAGUAGCCUAUGGGACUUACACCACCCGCUCUCUGUUCCAGUACAUGUUCCUGGUGCAACGUCACUUUGCCAUCGGCCACUUCAACCACCCCUGGCUCCUUAAGCAUUUUGCCUUUCUGUACAGGACCAUCCUGCCAGGAUUUCAAAGGACUGUAGCCAUUGCAGAUUCCAACUACAACUGGUUCUACGGGCCAGAGAGUCAGCUGGUCUUCUUGGACCGUUACGUGUUGCGUAAUGGCAGUGGAAACUGGCUGGCAGAUCUGAUUCAUCAAAACAGAGUAAUGGAAGGGCCAGGGCAGGCUGGAAAAGGCCAGCGAUGGUGUACUCUCCACACAGAGUUCAUCUGGUAUGACCCAGCCCUGGUCCCCAAACCCCCAUCAGAUUUUGGAACACCCCAGCUCCACUACUUUGAGGACUGGGGCGUGGUAACGUAUGGCAGUGCUUUACCCGUAGACACCAACAGCACUUUUCUGUCCUUCAAGUCAGGGAAGCUGGGGGGACGUGCCAUCUUCGACAUUGUUCACAGGAACAAGUACAAAGAGUGGAUUAAAGGGUGGAGGAACUUUAAUGCCGGCCACGAGCACCCUGAUCAGAACUCUUUCACGUUUGCACCCAAUGGUGUCCCGUUCAUCACUGAGGCGCUAUAUGGACCUAAGUACACCUUGUUGAACAAUGCUGUAUUGUUUAGCUCACCCUUCUCAGGGAGUUGCUUUAAACCUUGGGCUGGACAGGUUACAGAAGCCUGUGACUCCAAGUGGUUGAAGUACAAGGUGGGACCAGCUGCUGAUGCCCAGGGCAGGGUAGAAGCUGCUGUUGAGAGGGAUGGCAUGGUCUUCAUUCGAGGAGAGGGACGUUACGCUUAUAAUCCGGAACUGAAGAUCAGGAAUGUUCAGAGGAACCUGCUCCUUCUUCACCCACAGCUCCUGCUCCUUGUGGACCACAUCCACCUGGAUCCAGACAGCCCUGCUCGUGCCAUGAGCGCCUUCUUUCACAACACGGACCUGCCUUUCCAAGGUACAAAGGUAGAUGGCGUUCAUGGAGUGUUUGUAUCACACGGGGAGGAUAAAUAUAAGAUGUUCUGGAUGGACGACACAAGCUACAGUAACAAAGGGGUGGUAGGCUACUGGAAUUACCCUCGAGGAUACCCCUAUAACGGAUCCAACUACGUGAAUGUCACAAUGCCGUUGAGGUACCCUCAUACUAGGAUGGCCUACAUUUUCUUUGGACCAGGUGUGGAUGUACAGAGCUUUAGCCUGCGUGGCGACAAUGAGAGAGUGGAUAUUUACCUGGCUACCAAGGACCACACCUACACCAUCUACCUGUUGACUGCAGAGGUCACCAGCAAGCCUCUUUUUGCCAUGGUGCUGCUGGACCACAAAAAGAUCGUAUUUGAGAAGGCAGCAGCUGUGGCCAGCAGCUUGCCAGAGGAAGUGGAGGAAUACGUGAGUGUGAUGGAGGACAACCUCCAGCACGUCAAGCCCGUCUUUCAGCAGAUGGAGAGGCACAUCCUGGGACGGGUCCUCAACACUGCCAGCUUCCGAAAAACUGCAGAGCGCCUCCUCCAGUUCACUGACAAGAGGAAGACAGAGGAGGCCAUUGAGAAGAUGUUUGCUAUGUCCAAAAAGCAGAGCAAAGGUAAGGGGGGGAAGAGAGUGAACCUCGGGGAGAAGCUCUCUGAGAGUCUACCUGACAUUUUUGCACAGAUUGAGAUGAAUGAGAAAAAUGUGAGACAGAGGACUUCAAAGCGCACAUAUGAGGACAGUCCAGAGGAGGGCGACGCAGAUACGCGGGCCUUUGUGGAUUACACAGAUAAUCGCAAGAACAGAAAGGGGGGCUUUGUCAAGGGCCGCAAAUUCAAGGAGAUUCACAUGGUGGCCACAGCAGGGAGCGACAGUUACCCCAGCGCAGCUUCCUACAUACGACUGUUCCUCCUCCUGAACAUGGCCACCUUCUUUUUACUGCUGGCUGUGCUGCUGACUCGCUUUCAGAGGGGCCGGAGCCUGCACACGCAGAGGUGUUUCUACAGCAUCCUUCUGAUUGACUGCUUCAUCCUGCUGUACCUCUACUCCUCCUGCUCUCGCACACAGUGCUGACAUCUUGAGCGUCUUGAGUGCGCCAGCUCGUCCAUGCGUAGGUUAAAUGAGCUCACGCCUCACUCUGAGCCAUAUCUCAUGACAGGAUAUUAAGGUCACUGUUCCACAAAACAGGGCUGAGUUUUGAAGAAGGAAAAGAAAAAAACAGAUGAGAAAAAAGUUGUAAUUUUAUAAGAAAAAGUAAAUGUGAGAGAAAGUGUCAUUUACACAUGAAAGAAGUUGCAAUAUUUUUAAAAUAGAGUCACAAUGAGAUUUUUUUUACUGUUUUAGUUUGACUUAUUAUCUUAAUAUGUAACAUAAUGAAUCAUGUUUUACUAAUAUUACAUCUCAUAGUGUGAGUAUCUUGUAACAUAACAGCUUUUAUCCUCAUAAUCUCACAUCUUUUAUACCAGCUUUUUCUCCUAAUCUCAUGACUUCUGCUACAUAAUACUGAUUUUAUUCCUGUAAUAUCACAACUGUUCUUAUUAUGCAUGCCCCAGCCAAGAGUGACAUCAUGGUACACACAUUUGCAAUAAUACUAAUCCAAUAAUUCCAUCUUCUCUUACUGUGAUACCCGUGUGGAGCUGUUUAUGCCGAGUUAAAGUCUGGUAGUCUGGUGAAAGCUGUAAUGUUCAAAGAUCGCUCAGGUAAACAAUGAACUGGAAAUACAGGAUCAGGAUAAUAGAGUUUAUGUUUUGUUCAUGAUCAAGUGGUCAGUUUUGUGGUUAAAACAUUUUAUCAGAACACCCCAAUUUUUGAACUUCAAAAAUUGUGAAUAGUGAUACACAGGCCUUCAAUAGUGAUCGCCGCAGUAGCACCUACCACACUACUUCACUUGGGGGGUAAUGAGCGCCCUCUGCCUGCAGUGAGGUGCAUGUAGGUUUCUGCCAUGGUCUGACAGACAGGCUGUAACAGAAGGUACCCCCCCACCACCACC